AUGCCUGCCGUCAAUAGCGCCGGCAUGAACCACAUCCUGCACGCCUGCAAGCCCGAGGAUCCCACCGCAAAGGACCUCAUCAAGCAGAACGUCGACCGCCUGGUCACCAUGGGUUUCCUAACAGACCAGCGCAAGCUCACCCACGACGAGAAGGGAAUGGCCAUGGCAGAGACGCUUGCAUUUGACGCAGAGACCUUCGAGUCCAUGAUUCCUGACCUUAACAAGGUCGAAUCUGCCCGCGACCAGAAGCUGCUCCAGUUUGCGCGCAUGCGUCGCGCCCACGAGCGUCUGCAGGAGGCCAUGGACCGCAUCCCGGAUAUCGCUAACCAGGAUUAUCCCCCCGAGCGCGCACCUUUUGAGCUCGCUCCCAUGGGCAGCGGUCGUGGUCGUGGCCAGGUCUUCCCCGGCACGGUGCUUGCUGGACCUGUUGAACCACCUAAGGCUCCCCAGUCUCGUGCUGAGACUGGCGCUCGCGCCCGUACUGAGGCGAAGAUGAAUGCAAAGAUUGAGAAGGCCAAGAAGGGCGUGUGA